CCUCCUGCCCUCUCCUUAUAUUCAGCAGCACCUUCUGAAGCACCUUCAUCUCUCAAGAGUUCUCCUUUCUUCGUUCUUUUCUCUUUGUUGUUGGUGACUUGAAGCAGACAGAGAUGGCAAGGGAGAAGAGGAACAAGCAGACCUCUCCACUCUUUUGGAGUUUGAUUGCUGGCUUGCUGUCUCAGAGCUUGCUGAUUCCUGUCAUGUCCAUCACAAGUUUACAAGAUCAAAAGAACUAUUACACUCCAGACCCGAAUGCAGGAAGCCCGCCAACAGGUUCACACGGAAGUCCACCACAUCACUCAGGAGGUAGCUAUGGUGGUUCACCGCCCUAUCAUGGAACCCCAUCACAUGGUGGUAGCCAUGGCGGUUCGCCACCUUCCAACUGUGGAAAUCCACCAAGUGGACACCAUGACCCUACUCCAGCUCCUCCUACUGGCGGGGGUUACUACAACCCUACUCCAGCUCCUCCUACUGGCGGUGGUUACAACCCUACUCCAGCUCCUCCUACUGGCGGUGGUUACAACCCUACUCCAGCUCCUCCUACUGGUGGUGGUGUCCCGUUUACACCAGUCAUUGGAACUCCGCCAGUCACCUUGACCCCACCAACCACUCCAAUUGAUCCAGGCACCCCAUCAAUUCCCGGCAUCUCCAUUCCCUCACCACCAUUUUCAUUCGAUCCAAAUUCACCACCUUUUUCUUGCAAUUACUGGAGGACUCACCCGGGCCUCGUAUGGGGCCUGUUGGGCUGGUUUGGCACUGUUGGCGGAACAUUCGGUGUGACUAGCCUUCCAGGUAUUGGGACAAACCUCAGCCUGCAACAAGCACUUUCAAAUGCUCAUACUGAAGGGUAUGAGGCACUUUACCGAGAAGGGACCGCUUCUUUGUUGAACUCCAUGGUCGAUAACAGGUUCCCUUUCACAAGCAAGCAAAUCAGAGAGAAUUUCAUCAGAGCAAUCAGCUCAAACAAAGCUGCAACAGCUCAGGCCCGUCUCUUCAAGCUUGCCAAUGAGGGCAGACUGAAGCCCAGGGCCUGAAAAAAUUAAACUUUUCUUAGUUAUCUCUCAGCAUCUAGUAAUUCUCAGUUUGAUUUGUGAUGUAUUUUCUUAUAUGGUGUUUUCUUUACCAAGUAUGGGAUUUUGUGCUUUUUUAGUUACCUAGGAUGUUACAGAGAGUGAUGGAUGUCAAGUUUACGUUUCAGUUGCCAGUUAUUAAUAAGAUUAUUGGUUUGGUUUAUCCUACAUAAAACAAUGCCACAUAAUCAGACAUA